AUGCUCGAUGACUGGAACAAGGGCCAGGACAGCCAAGCCAAGCUGAAGAACCGACUGCAGCGCACGGGCCGCCGCGCCUUCAGCACCAACUACUUUGAGAACGUUAUUGCUGGCGACAUCGUUGACCCACAAGACAUUGACGUGUCGUUUGACGACAUUGGCGGCCUGGAGCGCCAAAAGCGCGACAUCCACGAUCUCGUCGUGCUGCCGCUUCGAAGUCCCGAAUUCUUUGCGUCUCGUGGGAAGCUGCUCACAGUUCCGAAAGGCAUUUUGCUCUACGGAAAGCCUGGUACAGGUAAGACCAUGCUGGCGAAGGCUAUCGCCAAAGAGUCCGGCGCGUUCUUCAUCGAUCUCAAGAUUAGCACGAUCAUGAGCAAGUGGUUUGGCGAGUCGCAGAAGCUUGUGCGCGCGGCUUUUUCGCUGGCUCGGAAAUUGGCGCCGUGCAUCAUAUUCAUUGACGAGGUCGACUCGUUCAUGGGCAAGCGAGGCGGUGUAUCGGACCCCACCUUUUCAUCGAUGAAAACGGAAUUCUUGGCACUUUGGGAUGGCUUCACUGAGAUGAGCAACGAAGACACCGGUGGCUUUGGUGUUAUUAUCAUGGGUGCGACCAAUCGCCCAGGUGACGUGGACCCAGCCUUCCUUCGUCGCAUGCCUCGCACAUUUGAAAUCGGACUGCCUGACCAGCCGCAGCGUGAGAAGAUCCUUCGUCUGCAGCUGAAAACGGAGCGAGUGGAUGACAAUGUCGACUUCAGCCAUCUCGCCAGUAACACGGUGUACUACAGUGGAAGCGAUCUGAAGGAACUGUGUCGCGCCGCCCUAAUGAUUCCGCUUCGAGAACACAUCGACAACUGCCGCGCGGCAGCAGGAAAAGCCGCAAAGAAUCGACUAGCUGAAAGCGAGAAGCCCCAGAUUCACGACGAGGCUACUCCGGCCGAGCCGCCUAUGAUGCGUCCACUGUCGAUGGCUGACUUUGACGAGGCGAGAACCAUGGUACAGCCAACAGGUGCGACAGCAUAUGCGUACGAGAACGCCCAGAACGAAAAGCCUUCUCGCCAAGCGUCCAACGGCUCUGGGAUGUCGGUGGACCCAGAUAUGUUCGCGGCAGUUCUGGCUGCAGGGUUGCAAAGCUUGGUGCAGCAAAGUCAUAGCGUUACGCCGACUCACGAUUGA